AUGGUAGUCAAUUUUCACAAAAGCGUUGUGUUUAAUGAUUCUUCUGAUUUUGAGGACGACAGUUUCAUUACAUCUCUCAAACAACAACGUUUGAAAGGUCAGAUUCCCGUUGUCACGAAACGUUAUGCACUUUCAAUUACUAUAUUUUUUGCCUUGCUGUUUUUAGGAAUCUCUCAGCUUAUUGCAUCUGCGAAUCAGCAAGUGUUGCUCAUUCGACAAAGAUAUGAUAACGUGACAAAUGGAUAUAUGGAUAUCAAUAUACCCAGAUACAUCCCUGCUCCUGUCUACUUUUACUACGAACUUCGAGGGUCCUUCAGAAUGCAUCGUUCCUUGAAUCAAGCAUUUUGCAAAAACCAAUUGAUAACUGGGGAGAGCUACGGAUGUGACACUUUCAAAAACAAAAACUACUCCUGUGAAGAUGCCAAGGCUAAACAAUCGAAACUGAUUCCUGGAUUUUCUAGCUAUUGUGUAGACGGACAAAAGUUCUACGCCCCUGUUGGAGGGACUGCUUCAAUUAUGUUUAAUGAUUACUUCAAAUUAACACUUAACAACGUUGAAAUUUUGUGGACAGAGGAAGGAGUGAUCAGUGAUAAACUUCGAAAUGCGUAUUUCGAACCAAUAGGAGAGAAGGACUUGUGUAAUGCUGAAAUGUUUCGAAACACAGCGAAACCUAUUGGAUGGAAACAACACGUCUGCGAAAUGGGCGGUUACCGUAAUAUUUCACUGAUCAAGUGGCUAGAGGGGACUACGAAUAUGAACUUUAAGAAGUUUUAUAGAAUUCUGGACACAAAGAAACACGAUGGAUUGAAAGCAGGGGUGUAUAGGUUGUAUGUGGAUAAUGUGUAUGACCCGAAAGUCAUACCCCGAACCGAACAUAAAAUGGAGAAAUAUUUCUGGAUUCUCCACCCAACAUGGUUCGGAACCGAGCAGAAAUUUUUGGAAGUUAUGUAUCUGAUUGUUGGAGGAGGUCUACUAGCCUUCUCUUGUGGGCUAGUGGGAUUCCAAAUUUUCCUGAUCGACAGAAGAAAAACCUAUGACGACGAUGAUGAGUAG